AUGCCGAAAGUUGUAUCAAAGAGUGUUGUGUGUACGGAUACAAAAGACCAAGAAGAGUAUCAAGGAGAAAAACCUCUAUAUGUGUACUAUUGUUUGUGUGGUCAGAUGUCAUUAAUUCUUGGUAAACUGCCCAUAGAGAAGUUACCUCUGCGAAAGCGUGACAAGGCAAGAGUAAUAGAUGGACAAAAACAUGCCCACAAGUUGACAUGCGAACCUGAUGAAAUUGUUUAUAUCAAGAGACCAGAGGGGUUGGAGAAACAAUACCGGCAAAAGUGUAAAAGGUGUGGUCUGUUGCUGUAUUACCACCACCAGGGCAACAGCUCAGUCAUGUUCGUAGUUGAUGGAGCUCUGAAACGAGAGAAUGAAGGAAUCAAGACUGAUAUUUACAGCCAGCUCAGCGAACCAAAGAAAGUUACCCUGACGAAACACACAAAGAACAUGGGCAAGUUCAGUUCUGUGACAGUGUCAACCGUCGAUGAGGAAGAAGAAGAACUUGAAGCUAAAGAGGUUGCUGAUUCCUAUGCAGCAAAUGCUCAAGUUAUCGAGAAACAGCUUCUGAGGAAGGGGAUGAGCAAGCGGAAAUUGAUGGAACAGGCAGAGGAAGAAGCCAAGAAAAUGAGGCCAAAGGGAACUCUGAUAGACAAGUAA